AUGAAAAAUGUCACGAACGCCGCUGGUGGUUUGAAUGAAGACUAUGCAGUAGGAGACCUCGUGGUCUUGAACGACCAUAUCAACCUUGCUGGCCUUGCUGGCAUACACCCGCUGCGUGGGCCAAACGCGGACGACUUUGGAGUUCGUUUUCCGGCUUUAUCGGAUGCUUAUGACCUUGAUCUGAGAAGACGCGCACACCAUUUGUGGAAGGAACUGAAUCGCGACGCAGGGAGCACUAGGCGCCUACAGGAGGGUACCUAUGCUUUCGUCGGAGGUCCCAGUUAUGAGACAAGAUCUGAAUGCCGCAUGUUGCGUAGCUUGGGCGCCGAUGUAGUCGGGAUGUCGACCGUUCCAGAGGUCAUUGUUGCACGGCACUGCGAUAUGAGAGUACUAGCAAUCAGUCUUGUAACCAACAAGGCAUUGCUCGAAGCCGGACCACGAGGGGAUAAUGUUCACAUCCAGGGCUCUAGUCGUCAAUACUUGAGAGAAGCCAUAGAGAAGGGUAAAGCAAAUCAUGAUGAGGUGCUAGAUGCCGGUGAGAAAGCAGCAAGAGAAGUUCAGCAACUGCGCUUUGACUUGAAGGUCUUUGCCUUGAUCAGGGUGCUAGAUCGCCCAGAAGCACCCGUUCACCCAUCAGCUGAAAUUUUCUCAAUGUGA